AUGGCAAAACUCAUUGAUGAUGCCGAUGAUGAAUUUUCUCAAAGGAUCCAGAAAAUUGGGUUAGUGGGGUCGAAGCUGUUGGUGAGUUUCGGUGUACAAUUCAUGUACACAAACAUCUCAGGUGAGAAGGCGAUAAGCGCCUUAAUGGAGAUAUUGGAGCGUGAAGAGGACAUCCUGGAGGCAGAACGGAUACGAAAGGAGUCGUUAACACGACUAAUCGACCUGACAGUUAUGACAACAUAUUUCACAUUUAACGGCAUUAUCUAUAAGCAUAUAUUUGGACUACCGAUGGGAUCACCACUCUCACCUCUUUUGGCAAAUGUAUACAUGGACAAGUUGGAAAAAGAAUUUAAGAAGUCACCACUGCAACCAAGAGUGCUCAUGCCAUACUUGGAUGACUACUUUCCACUUUGGUAA